CGCAGCACAUUAACUAACCCGCUGUAAAACAGUGUUGCUGCUGAUCAGCGAUCAGGAAACGAAACAACUGCAUUUACAGUCUCGCUCCUCUUCUGUCGUCUGUUGUUUUGCCCGAGAAUAAGAGUUUUCAUCAUGGUCAAAGUAUCUUUUAACACGGCUCUCGCCCAAAAGGAUCCAAAGAAGGACAGUGAGACUCUCAUUCCCGAUGCCCAGGAUCCUGAGGCUGCAGCUUUUGUGCAUCAGCAAUCAAAGGUGUGGUGCUGGUGCUUCUGUCUGGGAUUGGCUCUUGUACUUUCUGGUGUUAUAGUGGGAGGAGCUUACCUGUAUAAGUACUAUGUGCUAGAGGAGGAGCGGGUGUUUGUCUGUGGGAUGAAAUACAUUGAGGAAGACUAUGAUUUGGAUGGGGAGGUGGAGGUGGGGGUACCACUGAAGUUGAUUGAGGAGAAUUUGUGCAUUUUGGAGGACGAUGAAGUAGAGCUCAUCACAGUCCCAGUCCCUGAGUUCAGAGACAGCGAUCCAGCAAACAUCGUGCAUGACUUCAACAUGAGGCUGACUGCUUAUCUCGACCUAAAUCUGAACAAGUGCUACAUCAUUGCCCUGAACACCUCUAUCGUCAUGCCACCCAAGGACCUUUUAGAGUUUCUGGUUAACAUCAAGGCAGGAACGUAUCUUCCUCAGUCAUACCUGGUGCAUGAAGAGAUGAUGGUUACAGAGAAGCUGGAAAGCACCACUCAGCUGGGCUAUUUCAUUAAUAACCUGUGCAAAGACAAAGACAUGUACAGACUCCAGCGCAGAGACACCAUACUUGGUAUACAGAAGCGUGAGGCUCUCAACUGCCUUAAGAUCCGCCAUUUUGAAAACAAGUUUGUCGUUGAGACCUUGAUCUGCGAGCCCUGAGGAUAAAGCAUGUCAGCGAGCAGAGGAAAAGAGAGGGAGGAGAAAUACACACAGGUCUUUGAUACAAUUGCAGCUUUUAAACUCUUUCUUCACUGCAUUGAAAAGCUUUUCCUUUGUAGCUGUUUGUUUUCCAUUCUUUUUAAAAUCUUAAAUGUGAAAAUAUAAUUUUUCAUUUUUCUUUUUUUUUCUGCACAAAGAAAAUGGUGUGAUAUAUUUGUGUUUGCAUUGAAAUACUAGUUUAAUUUUAGUCUUAGAAAUAUUGCACACCAAAGACAUAAUAAUAGAAAUUGUAUCAGGGUUAAGACAGAAUGGGUAAUGAAAUACACAACUCAGACCAUUUUCAUAUCUCUAAACAGUCUAAAACAUUUUCUGUUACAACAUCUGUUGUAUUUAACAUCUGCAACAUCUACUGUAUUUAUUACCGACACUGUUGAAAGAUAAUAGCAAAUGUGUGUGUAAUCUGGAUCACGUUGCAGCACUACCGUGAAUUGAGUAUAAAUACAGUGCUUUGUUUUUGUACAAAUACAAAACUAGAAAAUCUAAAAUCACAAAGAUUUAAAAUUGUGACUAUUUUUAUACGAUAUUGCCUCUAUAUUUGCUCAUUUGUAUAUAACCUGUCAAUGAAAAAGACCAAUCAUUAAAUACAAUUUUAAUCUUUA